GUGACGUCCCCACCGUGAACAUGGCGUCCCGGGUGAGGCAGCCCGAGGCGCAGGGUCUGUCCUCUCUGUUUUCCUGCUGCUUCAAAGAAAGUGACCAACCGGAGAUCACCUACCUCCACAACAAUGUCAACACGGCGGCUGUCCUGGAGUCCACCCUGCCCAUGCCCGCCUCUCAGGAGCUGGACUCCAUGUUCGCCGAGCUGGUGGAUGAGCUGGACCUCACCGAGGAGCACAGAGCCGCCAUGUUUGCUCUGCCAGCCGAGAAAAAAUGGCAAAUUUACUGUAGUAAGAAAAUGGAGGCUGAGGAGAAUAAAGGAGCGACCCGGUGGCCAGAGUAUUACAUCGACCAGCUCAGGUCCAUGGCUGCUAGGAGGACUCUGCUGACCCUGGAAGAAGAGGGCGAGCAGGGGAGACAUAAGAUUGUGGAGGGUCUAAAGACAGCCCUGAGGACUCAGCCAAUGAGGUUUGUGACUCACUUCAUCGAGCUGGACGGCCUCUCUUGUAUCCUGAACUUCCUCAAGACGAUGGACCACGAGACCACCGAGUCUCAGGUCCACACGACUCUGAUCGGCUGCAUCAAAGCUCUGAUGAACAACUCUCAGGGCAGAGCUCACGUGCUGGGUCACUGCGAGAGCAUCAACAUCAUCGCACAGAGUCUGGCCACGGAAAACAUCAAAACAAAGAUCGCCGUGUUGGAAAUCCUCGGUGCUGUAUGUCUGGUUCCUGGAGGUCACAGGAAAGUCCUAGAAGCAAUGCUGCUCUACCAAAAGUUUGCAGCAGAGAGGACACGCUUUCAGACUCUGGUGACAGACCUGGACAGAUCGACCGGACGAUACAGAGACGAAGUGAACCUGAAGACAGCCAUCAUGUCCUUCAUCAACGCUGUGCUCAGCAAAGGAGCAGGAGAGACCAGUCUGGAGUUCAGGAUCCAUCUGCGUUAUGAGUUCCUGAUGUUGGGCAUUCAGCCGGUCAUCGACAAACUGCACCUGCACGAGAACGCCACCCUCGACAGACAUUUGGACUUCUUUGAAAUGUUGAGGAAUGAAGACGAGCUGCUGAUGUCCAAACAGUUUGAUGCUGUGCACAUAGAAACCAAAAGUGCGAGCCAGAUGUUUGAACUGAUAAGAAAGAAACUAACGCACACUGACGCGUAUCCUCACCUGCUGUCUGCUCUGCACCACUGUCUCAUGAUGCCCUAUAAGCAGAGCAGCACCACUCUUCAGUACUGGGUUCUGUUGGACCGGAUCAUCCAGCAGCUGGUCCUGCAGACGGAUAAAGGUGAAAACCCUGACGUGGCACCGCUGGAGGACUUCAACGUGAAAAAUCUUGUACGCCUUCUCGUGAAGGAGGACGCGGUCAAAAAAUGGAAAGAACAAGCUGAUAAAAUGAGAAAAGAACACCAGAACUUACAGCAGCGUUUUGAAAAGAAGGAGAGGGAGUGUGAGGCCAAGAACAAGGAGAAAGAGGACAUGAUGGCGAUGCUGAACAAGAUGAAGGACAAACUGGAGCGGGAGAGCAACGACCACAAGACAGCAAAGCAGCAGGUCGCAGAGCUGUCUGCUCGUCUGCAGCAACUCAGCUCCUCCUCCGGUGUUCCAGGUGGACCUCCUGUGACCUCCGCUGGUUUAGUUCCUCCUGGUUCUGUCUCGUCCGUCAUUUCUCCUCCACCUCCACCGCCGCCACCUCCUCCUCCUCCUCCUCCUGGAGGCCCGCCAGCGUUUGGCCAGGCUCCGUUUGCUCCUCCUCCUCCACCUCCUCCGGGAGCUCCUAUUGGAAACACGCAGAGGAAGAACAUCCCUCGACCGUCAAACCCACUGAAGUCCUUCAACUGGAGCAAACUGCCCGAGAACAAGGUAGAAGGAACCAUCUGGAAAGACAUCGACGACCUCAAGGUGUUCAAAGUUCUGGACCUGGAGGAGUUUCAGGGGACUUUCUCAGCGUACCAAAAACCACAAAAGGAGGCUGAGGAUGAUGUUUCUUUUGCAAAGAAAGUGAAGGAGCUGUCAGUGAUCGAUGGACGUCGAGCUCAGAACUGUAACAUCCUGCUGUCACGGCUAAAGCUGACCAACGAGGAGAUCCGACAUGCCAUCCUGAGCAUGGACGAACAGGAGGAUUUACCUAAAGACAUGCUGGAGCAGCUGCUGAAAUUCGUCCCUGAGAAGAGCGACAUCGAGCUGUUAGAGGAACACAAACACGAGCUGGAUCGUAUGGCCAAAGCAGAUCGGUUCCUCUAUGACAUGAGCAGCAUCAACCACUACCAACAAAGACUGCAGUCCCUCUACUUCAAGAAGAAGUUUGCCGAGCGAGUGGCCGAGGUCAAACCGAAAAUCAAAGCUCUGACUGUGGCGUCGCAGGAGGUGCUCAAGAGUCAGACUCUGCGGCAGCUCCUCGAGGUCGUCCUGGCCUUCGGGAACUUCAUGAACAAAGGACAGCGAGGAAACGCCUACGGGUUUAAAGUGUCCAGUCUCAACAAGAUAGCUGACACCAAGUCCAGCAUCGACAAACACGUCACCCUGCUGCACUACAUGAUCACCGUUCUGGAGAAGAAGUAUCCGAAGGUGGUGUUGUUUAGUCAGGAGCUGCAGGACGUGCCAGAAGCUGCUAAAGUCAAUAUGACCGAGUUGGAGAAAGACAUCGGCAACCUGAGGUCGGGUCUAAAGAGUGUUGAGACGGAGCUGCAGUUCCAGCAGGCUCAGUCCUCUGCCAGUCCGUCAGAUAAGUUUGUCCCUGUGGUCAGUCAGUUCAUCACCGUGGCCUCGUUCAGCUUCUCUGAGGUCGAGGAGUCGCUCGGCGAGGCCAGAGACGUGUUUGCAAAGGCCCUGAGACACUUUGGAGAAGGUUCCAACCUGCAGCCCGACGAGUUCUUCGGUAUCUUCGACGCGUUCCUCACAGCGUUCUCCGAGGCCAAACAGGACAACGAGAACAUGGCGCGACGCAAGGAGGAGGAGGAGAGACGGGCGCUGAUGGAGGCACAGCUUAAGAAAGACCGGGAGCAGAAGGCGAAGAAGGCCAGAGGGAAUGAAGAGGAGGGCGGGGAGUUUGAUGAUUUGGUGUCUGCGCUGCGCUCUGGAGAGGUGUUCGAAAAAGAUCUGACCUCAAUGAACCGGAGGAAACAGCGGAAACACAACUUGUACGACGGCGGCCGGGAGAGACCAGUAACUAAGCUGAACCAGUAACAGAACUCUAAUGGACAGAAGAGCCUCACUGGGACCGGCUGCACUACAGGAAUACCUCAAUAAGACUGUGGAGUCAUUGUAGGCGGUUAAACACGCAUCCUGGUUCAAAGUUUGUAGAUACUUAUACAAUAAAAGAAACCAAAAGUACAACCAAUUAGGGACCUUCAUUGUGCAUCAGCGCCAAUAACUGUAAAGAAAGAUGGACGACAUGCAACUCCCUAAAAGUGAAGCCAAAACAUUCGACGCUCCCCCUACUGACUGGCUGCUGCAGUAUAAGUCUGUGGCUCCGCCCCCUCCAUGUUAACAGAUGGGAUAUACUGUAGGUUAAACAAUAAAAUCAUAAAUACACGUCAAAUACAUUCUUCUCAAACUUGGUUUCUGUUGUUAUUUUUCGGCUAACAACGUGCUAACUUCAAAUCCAUGAUCACACCUUGUUGCACUGAUUUUGAGUUUGAAGUCUGCAGGAUAAAGGACUUCCUGUAUAGAUUCCACCUGCACUGUGCAUCUGUUUCUUCCACACCUGUUCAUGUUUGGUGUGAGCGAUGAUUGUGUGUGUGUGUUUUGGACAAAGACUAUAGCAUGACGAAUGUGUGCGGUUGAUGUUUUUCUUGUGUGUUUUAAAAAGUACCUGUACAGGCUGUUUUGCACAAAAUAACAUAAUAUAUAACUGAACAUGAGUGAUAUAGAGCUAUAUAUUAUAAAUGUGUUUUUUGUUAUGUUUAGGGCGCUCUCACACGAGGAAACCAGUACAGGUGCACAAGCACGUUUGACUAUGAGUGUGUGGUUCUGUGCAUAAGCAGGGUACACUUCCUUGGCCCUGGCACGGUUGGAGCACAACCACGGGUACACGACGCAAACAGGAAGUAUAAUCGACCCCCGAGUGUUCUGACUGUAUCUGACUUUAAUGACUGAAAAUAAGCCUCAAAGUCUGUAAAGAAGCUGUCAUGUUCUCUGUGUUGGUCUCCGAUGUGUGGACGCAGAGUCGACCAAGCGUCCCUUUUAUUUUUUAUUUUUUUGUUUGUAAACUAAGCAUACUUUCUGUAUUACGACGUUAUGUACAAGAGGUAACCGUGCUCAGGCCCGGUUAGUCCUGGAGCAGUGUGAGUGCAGGCCAGCGGGGGAACAGGGAGGGGGGACAAUCUUACUUCAGCACGGUACGGAGCAGCUUUGCCUCGUGUGAGUGCGCCCUUAGUGUGUGUUAUAUCAUUGUUGCAGAUGAAAGCUGACUCUAGAGCGGUCUGAAAGUUCUGAUUCAUUAUUUUACUGAAGCUGUAGAAAUUGUGUAAUGUUCCUUUUUAUGAAAUUUGAAUAACUGGUUUCUCCAAAACUCCCUCUGUUCAUUUUGAUCAUUCAUUUUUGUUUUUAUUUUCUUUUAGGUCGACAUUUUAGCAAAACAGAAACAGAUGAUGAACUGAAAUACAACAACAUAAUCUCAGUUUGAAUGUAUGUUUCUAAUGUUGUUGUUAAAAAAGCCCUAUAUGAUUCACCCGUAAAAACAAAAGUUGAGAUAUUGUAUUAUAAUUAGAUACAAUGAUGUGCUCAGAUUACCUCAAAUACUUUUUGACAGAUAUUCAAUUAAAAAUGGGGAAAUAAAGAUCUACUUAGUUUAAACAGAUACACUCUAUGAUCUUCAUGCGCUCGUUCUGAAACUGAUGUCUGAUUAUGUCAUGUAUGAUUUGCACAGGUCAUUUUUGAACACAGGGUUGUACAUUAAAGAGUAACUUAACCAGUCA